AUGGUUGGACAAUACCUGACAGCUGCGGCUGUUGGUCUUUUGGCUUUGAGCUCAGCUUCUCCCCUGCAACCGGUUAAGCGCGCCCCAUCAUUCCCCUACGGCGAGCAGAAAGUCCGUGGUGUCAAUGCUGGUGGUUGGCUCGUCCUCGAGCCAUGGAUUACUCCUUCCGUUUUCGAAGGCAAUGCUGCCAAAGAUGAGUGGACGUUGACUGAGCUGCUCGGCAAGGACGCUGCCAAGGCGCGCCUCGAGCAACACUGGAAUAGCUUUUUUACCAAGGACGACUUUUUCCAGAUGGCUGGUGCUGGUUUGAACCACGUGCGAAUCCCGGUUGGGUAUUGGAGUGUGCUACCACGAGAGGGCGAUCCCUAUGUGCAGGGUGCGUACGAUAAGUUGGGCGAGGCUCUGGGCUGGGCGCAGGAAGCUGGAUUGAAGGUCAUGAUUGAUCUCCACGGUGCUCCCCUGUCGCAAAACGGCUUCGACAACUCUGGCCAGUACGGCAGUGUUCGCUGGACACAAGGCGACUCUGUUCAGCACACUUUGAAUGUGCUCAACAAGAUCCGCGACGACCACGCCUCCCAUCCCGCUGUUUCUGCUAUUCAGCUACUCAACGAACCUCUUGGCCCAUCUCUCGACAUGAACGUUGUUCGUCAGUUCUACAUGGACGGCUGGGGUAACCUCAAGAACUCCGAAGUCGCCAUCACCUUCCACGAUGCCUUCCAGGGCGUCACAUCCUGGGGCAACUGGGGCGCAGGCAUGUGGAACCUUCUCCUCGACACUCACCACUACGAAAUCUUCGACAAUGGCAUGGUCUCUCAAGACCUUAAUGGCCACAUCAAGCAGGCCUGCGACUUUGGCAACCAGAUGGCGAGCACUGGCAAGAACACCAUUGCGGGCGAGUGGACGGGUGGCCUGACCGACUGCGCGAAGUGGUUGAACGGAAAGGACAAGGGCGCACGCUACGACGGCACCCUCAGUGGGUCGUCCAAGGUUGGUGACUGCGCUGGCAAGUAUACCGGCUCGGUUGCGGCCCUCUCCAACGACGACAAGUACAACAUCGGACGCUUCAUCGAGGCGCAACUGGACGCCUACGAGAAGGCUGCUGGAUGGAUCUUCUGGACCUGGAAGACCGAGGGCGCGCCUGAAUGGGACAUGCAGGACUUACUUGCGAAUGGCAUUUUCCCGCAGCCAUUGACCAGCCGAAAGUACCCCGGCCAGUGCGGCUACUAA